AUGCAGGCAGCUUUCACUGUUAAGCGUCGUUCAAAAUCCAUACCUUCUAACGCUAAGAAAUCUAAAAUACAAACUCAAAAAAAUCUUGUUUUAUUCCGUACCACAUUUUAUCAAGUAUUAUGCAAUCAUAAUCCGGACAUAAUUGCUUCGGACAAUGACUCUGUAGAAUAUCUAGCCGAGCAAGUUUGGGAUUUAGAUAUUUUAUCGCUAAUUCUUGUAGAUAACAAUGAAUCUGAUAAGACAAUUAAAUCUUUAUCAGAACAAGAGGUUGUUGAAAAAAUUUAUGAUAUCGUAAAGGAUGAUUUUUUAACAUUUGAAGUUUGUCAAAAUGAACAAGAGUGUACAAACAUUUGUAGACCUUGUCAUAGUGCUUGUCAUAAAAUGAUUUCUCAUGAAAAAAUGGCAUAUGAAUACAAUACUGUGGAUAAAUUAUUGGAACAUGAAGGCGUAAUAAAAUUUGUUACAUGGGCAUCAAAACAAAAAGAGUAUUCAAAAGACCACGCAAUUAGAAAGUUGCGAUAUUCGAAAUAA